CGCAAGUUUCUGGUGUUGUCAUGACAACCGGCUUGCAAUCGCGGGUCAGAUUUCCUCAUUUUAGCGUCAAUUCUAAAGAAAACCUUAUUUAUCGUUUAAGUUUUAGUUCUAUAAAGGUUGUUGUUUCCCGCCAAUAGAUUCAGGCGAGUUGUUUUCAGGAAGGAAACGAGGGACAAAAUGCUGUCGCUGACGCGUAAAGGUGUCGCGGCAGGUGCGGAGCUCGGGGGCGAGCGUGAAGGGGGACGACCAGGGUUCGGCGUCCAGGACUGGUCCGACGGCUCCAGAUACGAGGGCGGGUUCGUGGACGGACUCAAGCACGGCAGCGGAAGAUACAGCUGGAGAAACGGGGAGUUCUAUGAGGGUUCCUUCUACAAGGACUACAGACAUGGGAAUGGAGUGUACAGCUGGCCCACGGGCCACACGUUCACCGGAAAGUUCUACCUGAACAGAAAGGAAGGGUGUGGACGGCAGCUGUCCCCUGACGGAACCGUCUUUCAGGUAAACUGCAUGGAUGAGGGGCGUUGGUCGCACGUAAUCAACCCACUGCGUGUCUCCCGUCAGGGUCUGUACCACGCCGACCAAAGGUUCGGUCCAGGUGUGGUCACGUAUCCAGACGGUCGUCAGGAUGUGGGUCUGUGGGUCGGGGAACGCCUGCUACGUCUAUGCACCUCUGUGGAGGACGGCUUCAGCCUCCAGAACCUUCCUCAAUACGCUGCCUUCACUCCGCCUCCCAAUGUCUUUGGUGGUUUACAGAGUCACACCCGGACCCAGUCUGAGGUGUGUAGAGAGAGCGGCCUGCUGUCAGAUGAGCGCUUCAUCUACCCUCCUGGCAUGGAAAGUUACUCCACUGAUGGAGACCACCUGCCGCUGCCGCCCGGGCGAAGGAGGGAGUUGGAUCAGCACUUUUAUGGCGAGCUGUGGGAGCCAGACGCUCAACUCUACCAAGGCUAUGAGCGAGACCCACUGUCCAGCCUGCCUUUAGAGGCCCGCAUGCAGCAGCACAUGCACCGACACAGGCUGCAGGCCGACUCCGUGGACUGGGACAUGGCUGCGGUUCUGUCUCUGAGCAGAGAGGGCUUCGGUCCCACCGGGCCUUUGGAAGUUACGUCAGAGCUGCUGAUUCAGCAUGCGGCGCGAGGAGACCUCCAAGCUGUUUCUCAGAUCCUCCAGACGGGCCUGGUCCACCCUGAUAUAGCAGACUCACACGGACACACCGCCCUGCUCGCUGCCACAGUAAACUGCCAUGAUGAUGUCAUCCAGCUGUUGUUGGACACGGGCGCUGACAUUGACAGGUUGAACUGUGAGGGCAUGUCAGCCCUGGCUGUGUGUCAUGUCCUCUACUAUCCUUUCCAUUCCCUGAACACCACUUUGGCUGAGCCGUGUUCCAAACCUCAGGAUGCGAAGUCUGAAUGUGGGAACAGUCCUCGUGGCACAAGAGACACACCGGGACCAAACAGACCUCAGACUGCGAACACAACCCUCAGCAAUGUGACCAACCAGAGCCACCUCUCUGAGCCGACUCAUGAAGAGCGCAUCUGUCAUCGAAGCAUUGAAGUGUCCAGUGAAGAGGAGCUCAUUACUGAACACUGGACUGAUCUGAAUGAACCCCACACCCCGGCAGAGUCUGUUUACCUAGAGGAUCAGGAGGAGAGAGGAGAGAAGAUCAGUGAGACACAGAGUGAGGCAGAGAUUCAAGAGACAGAACAACGCAGCCAGAAAGAGGAGGGAAACAAAGCAAAGGAGACAAAGGCUGUAGAUAAACAUGAUCAGACGUGGCAAAGUGGAGAAAGUCAGGGAGGAGCAGCCGAGGAUGACGAGCUUAAGGAGGAAGCUGAGGGAGGUGCAGAUGCAGAGGAGCCAGAAGAGGAGCGCUCCAUUCUGGUGUCAGAUGGUCACAUGACGCUGGGCAGCGUGCGGUGGAAAGGCCGGGACGGGGCGGCGGCAGGAAGUCAGGCACCAAACAAAGAGCUCACCCAGAAUCAGAUCUUUGACUCGGCCCGCUCCGUCCGCAGCUAUGAGAUCCAGGUGACGGAGGAGCUGAUGCAGCGUUCGGCAGAAGCGCUGAGUUGCGCUGGGGUCCCUCUGAACUCCGACUCGCAGGAGACCGUGCGCAGAAUGGCUGCUAUGAAAAUCCAACACCGUGUUCGUUUAAACACCCUGAAGCUGCUACUGCAGCGGGGAGCGGACCCCAACGCGUCCACGGUCCCGGCGCCGGUCCUCAGCCUGGCAGUGAUGGCGGGCGACACCGAGGCCGUCAGGCGGCUGCUGCUGUGUGGGGCUCGGGCUGACGCCCCCCUUCCACCUGAGGUGGGUAGGAAAGGCCUACGCCCCCUGCACAUAGCAGCCUCACUGCCGGGUCCAGCGGGUCCCAGAAUCACCGAGCUGCUGCUGCACGCUCUCGCCGACCCGGACGCACAGGCCUGCGACCAGGACGAGCUCUACGGAGCAGAUCAAAUUCUACUGAAGCCAGAGGAACCGCUGGACGACAAUGGGAGUCCAGAUGUCACAGCGGGAGGCAGGACGGCCCUGCACGUGGCCUGCCACAGAGACAGCGACUACGCGAAUGCCAGUAAGGUGGUGGCCCUUCUGCUCUCCCACAGAGCCAGGACCGACCUCCUCUGGAGCGGACACUCAGCCCUGUCCCUGGCUAUCGCGAGUGGCAAUGACCUGGCAGUGGAGGAGCUGCUGAAAGGCGGCGCAGACCCCAACCUCCCUCUGGGCCCCCGGGUGGGCAGCGCCCUCUGUGCCCUCUCCGACAUCAACUACCACUUAGGUGGCAACAGAGCUAAGCUGUUGGACAUGUUAGCUAAGGCUGGUGCCGACAUGUUGAUGCCGGUUCGAGUCAGAGAUGCUGUGGGAACCGCAGUAGACUUCGCACAUUACUCCUUCAGUCAGGACCUGCGUAUCGCCAACACUCCCUUCCACGCUUUGAACAUGCGGGAAAGGGAAAUAUUCAAAACUCGACAACAGCUGCUGAGCAUGAUGGGAGAUCUGCUGAGACAGGCUGCUGCUCAGAGAGAGAGGGAGCGAUCAGAGGGAGCAUCCCUCAGGUCGAAGUCGCUGCUCAGCAGUGAAAGUCCACCGCACCUCACGGAAAAACACAGGAACCCAGUGUUUAGGUUCUGCUAUCACUGCGGUCGCUCUCUGUCCGUGAAGCUGACCGCUUGUAGACGCUGCAGCAAGGUCUUCUUCUGCUCCAGAACCUGCACGGUGAAAGCCUGGGAUAAAAGACACAAGGAGGAGUGUACCCGGGUGUCAGCAUCUGCCAAUGGCAUCCUGAAGACUGCUGUGAGUGCUAAAGCCCAAAGAGGCCCCAGUUCCAGGACCACCACCAAAACCAAAACAGCCCCCAGCCCUUCGAGGGUCAGGCUGAAGUCCCAAAGAACCGCAGCAGAGAACGUCUGGGACAGUCAACUCAACCUGACGGAGAACUACAGCCACAACUGAAGGAUUAUUUCUACCCGGAGUCCUGUUUUAAGUGCCAUAAGGAUAAUAUGCAGGAUAAUCCUUAUUUCUUUCUCUUUUUUUUAAGCACAACACACAAACUGUAGUUCAGAGCAUCACACACUGCUGUUCACAAGGAUACAAACUAACCUCUAACAGCACUUUAAUCAUAUUAAUACCAGCUUUGCCUGCAGUUUAUCAUCUGUCAUGUGCUUGUGCAUCCACUUAUCGUCACAAAUGUAAGAGAAGUGUUAUUCCAGUCAGGUGUGACUUUUGUGAUUCAUAAAUUCAUAAAUGCAACUAAAACACUGUCUGUACUUUAACUAAUAGGGAACUAGACAGACGUACAGAGUUCAGCCGUUCAGUUCUGCUAAUGGAAUUAUAUGUGUCAUGAUUCAUCAAGUGUCUUUUCUUUAUAUAUGUUACAGGAGGGAAUAACUUGCCCUUGUCUCAUCUUGUAAAGUAGAAUGACAUAACAUUUAUGGAGCAUUUUGAAAGUCAGACACUGAUCAUUACCAUUAAAAUAUUUUAGGAGCACACAA